AUGUGCUUGCGCUUGACCCUGUCCGUGAGCAAUUGCAGCACUGCCAGGCUUGAUGAGCAAUGGCACCGCCAAAAGGUGCAUAUUGUCGGAUUGCAGGAGACCCGCACCUUGCCAGGUCGUGAUGUCACAGAACAUUACAUGGUUUUUUCCUCAGGUUUUCAAGAUCCUGCAGCACCGAGAUUUGGUUGCGAGGCUUGGUUCCACCGUACUUUGCCAUUUGUCGUUAUGCCAGAUGGCACCAGUCUGUUGGCCACGGAUUUCAAAUUUGUUGUCGUGCAUGCUGAUCCACGCAGACUGCUGAUUCGAGGUGAUCAUACCUGUUGUUCGUUUCUCCUUGUUGUGCUUCAUGCCCCAUGUCUCGCAAAAACCAAAGGAAAUGGGCAUCGCCCAAUCGAUGACAUUUCGCAGUGGUGGCAAGAAACUUCAGAGAUCAUUCAGGCCAGCCCCGCAGCUACCUUUCAAUGGGUGUGUGUGGACGCCAAUGCACCACUUGCGUCCCAGGAAACAGAAUGUUUUGGCCUCCUUGAUGCAGAAGUGACCAACGCACAGGGAGGAGUGUUUGAGGAGUUCCUGCUUAGACAUGCGUUUGCGGUUCCCUCCACGUUUCAUGACAUUCAUCAAGGCCAAUCCUGGACCUGGACUCAUUCAUCAGGUGCCAGAUGCCGACGGGAUUACGUGUUGGUGCCCUUGCCAUUGUUGACCUCUGUGCAGAAAUCCUUCACCUUGACUUCAUAUGAUGGUACCUUCUGUCACGAUGAUCAUAUUCCGGUUGGUAUUGAAUUUGCGGCCUUUUUGAAAGCACCUGCAGUUGCCUCGCGAGUGCGUUGGGAUGAACUGGCCUUCCUUGAUCCGGUCCGCGUGGCUCAGUUUCAAGAUGCUUUGGCAACGUUGCCUCUGCCCACAUGGGAUGUCAGAACCACUGAUCACUGUGCGGUUUUUGAAGCACAAGUUUUGCAACUUGGACAGCAAUUCUUUGGUGGUCAUACCAAGAAGAAAUUCCGACCGCAGUUGCAGCCUCAUACCAUUCAGCUUAUUGCAUUUAAGCGCCAUCUAUUGGAUGUUGGGAGAGCACUGCAGCUGAUGACUGAUCCCUUGUUCAAAGAAGAGCUGCGUGCCGUUGAGAAGGUCGUUCGGAGUGCGGUUUAUGCUGACCUUACUGUGUUCUAUGAUCAGUUGCUGGUCCGACUGCAGAAUGCUGAUCAGGCGGCUGAUGCCAAGCAGCUUUACAGAAUCUUGGAUCGGCUUGGCCGCAAACGCAGCAAGAAUGCAGGGCGCAGACCUUUACCUAUCUUGCGACGCCCUGAUGGAGAGUUAGCACAGACUUUUCAACAGCAGCAGCAUAUCUGGCUUCGCCAGUUUGCGGCUGUAGAAGCCGGCCUUCCGAUUUCUUGGCAUGCACUUCACAGUCUUGCACGGCCUGGGGUUUCCAGCCUUGACUGUGAACUUGACCCUCAGGCAUUUGUCUCUCCAUGGCAGCUUUUGCAAGCGAUGAGAAAGCUCCGUCGUGGCAAGGCUUGUGGUCCCAAUGCCAUACCUCCAGAUCUUUUGAAGGCGGGCGGGGCACCUUUUGCCAUGCAAAUGUCGUGCUUGACAAACAAGGUUAUUGCACAUGCGCAUGAGCCCACCUCAUGGCGGGGAGGAAAACUCAUACCCCUUUAUAAGGGGAAGGGAUUGCCAAGUGAUCCGUCUUCCUUUCGAAGUAUCUUCGUGUCGGAUUUCACGGCCAAACUCUAUCAUGCCUGUCUACGGCGCCCCCUGGAGCGUGCGUGGACUGCGAGUUUGCACUCGAUGCAAUUUGGAGGCAGGCCAGGAUGUGGCGUUGACCUUGCCCACCAUUUUUUGCAGAUGCAUCAAUGUUGGGCUCGUCAUGGCAAGGUACCAGCAGCCAUUGUCUUUUUUGACAUGAAAGCAGCGUUCUACUCUGUUUUGCGGCAGGCGCUUACUGCCUGCCAAGACAUCAACAAUGCGUUUCAGUAUGCGAUGCAGUGCCUUGGGCUCGCAGAGGCCGAGAUUGCUGAUAUGCUGUUAGCGGUUGAUCAGGAGUGUGCUCUGGAGGGUGUUUCCCCGCAUGUUGAACGUUUGGUGCACGACACCAUGUCCCACACCUUCUUCACUGUAGAGGGAGUUGAUGCGCCAGUGGCCACUCAUCUUGGAACGAGACCAGGGGAUCCCAUUGGGGAUUUGUUGUUUAACCUCACAAUGAGCAAGAUUCUUGCCGAAAUGAAAGCCAUUGUGUCAGAUUCUGGUGUAGCGACAUGGUUUGGGGAUCCUUCUCAGUGUGCAGACUUUUUGUCGCCCAUGGACUUGCCAUCUAAUGGUUUUGCCGACGUGUCAUUUGUGGAUGACUGUGCAGUUGCCAUUCAUGCCAGCGACAUUGGUCAGUUGCAGGUCAUUGCUCAACAUGUUGUGUCAGCCAUGCAUGUUGCUGCGCGUCGACGAGGGUUGCACCUCAACUAUGACGCAGGUAAAACCGAGAUGCUAUGGCAAGUGCAAGGAAAAGGGUCUCGCAAGCUCAAACAGCAGCUUAUGCAUAACCAAAACCAGAUUCGUUGGUCCGCGUUUGAUGUCUCCUUUUGUCUCCAAGUAGUGCAGUCCUACAAGCAUUUGGGCACGUGGCUCCAAACAGGGGGAUGUCUUUCUAGGGAAAUUCAGCAACGGGCGCACGGCGCAAAAGCCAGUUGGGGGUCUCUUGCGCGCCAGUUUUUUGUCAAGAGAUACAUUUCUACUGCCACAAAAGUCAAAGUGUUUCGGUCCUUGGCGUUGUCUCGGCACAUGUAUAAUGUUCACACGUGGGGUGACUUAAAGCCAGCUGAUCUUGUCAAGUGGGCCAAUUCCAUUAGGCAGCCAUUGUGUUCUCUGGCAAAAUGUUGCACAAAGGGAUUUGCGCCAAAGUUGUUUGAUGUGGCUACGCUGGGAGGGUUGAUCGGCCUGGAAACACCCCAGGAUCGUUUGCAUGUGGCCAGACUUAGGUACUUUGCCAGGUUACUCAAACAAUGUCCAGUUGCGCUUUGGCAGUUCAUCUGGCAUACCCAGCAUGUCCCAUCGUCUUGGUCUGCGCUUUUGCUUGAUUCCUUUAAGUGGUUUUGCCAGUUCUAUGGGCCGGCAUGGAAGCUGUCAGCCGACAGUUCCCUCGGUGAUUGGAUCCUUGCAGUUCAGACCGACGCUGCCUGGAAAGGGAGACUCAAAGCUGCGCUUCGCAGAUGCCAACAGUAUCGCCAAUCCCAGGCGGAGCACCUUGUGUGGCAGAAAGCAUUUGACAAGGAUUUCUAUGCUUUGACACAGACAGCGCCACCCAGCCAGGACUCAAAUCCAAUGCUGUGGGAGUGUGACUUGUGCUCCAAAACAUUUUCUUCCAAACGUGGCUUGGCUUCGCACAGCCAACGAGUGCAUGGAUAUCGGAGGAUUGUGAGGUUCUAUGCUUCAGGUGACACCUGCCCUGCCUGUUGCAAGAUGCAUCAUAGCCGUAUGAGACUCUGUCAGCAUUUGACGCACUCUGAGCCAUGCAUGCAACAGUUGCAAGCUUGUUUCCCCCCCAUGUCUGAUGCCUGCGUACAACAACUUGACCACGAUGAUGAGCUCGAGUUUGCAGCGCUCAAGAAAGAAGGAUGGUGGAGGACUAAAGCCUUGCUGCCGGCUUGCAAAGCUUUUGGACCAGUUUUGCCCGCCAGUGACAGCCAAGAUGCACGUCUCAUGCAUGCUAGGUGGGUUGCCAGGUUCCCGCAGGCUGGCACAGCUUUCACGCAAUUGCAGGGACGUCGGCUUGAUCCUGAUGCAUCCUUAGAUUCCGAGGUUCGACCGGUCCAAUCCCCUGCGCAAGGAUUUGUGACGCAAUCUCCCCAUGGUGGCCUUGAUGGUGGAGGUUUGUUUCAAUAUUCCGGCCUUGCUACUGUGAAUGCUCGCAUGAACAUUUCCACUUUGGUUUUUGUGCAUUUUUUUAGCGGUUUUCGGCGAUCGCAGGAUUUGCACGAGAUCCUCGAGCAUGUUAUUCUUCCUAAUGGGCUGCAGAUUUUUGCUCUGUCGGUCGACAUGUGCCUUCAAAAAGCUGCCGGGGAUUUGGCGUCUGACGCAUCCCUUGCCUUUUGGAAGGAGCAAAUUCUCUCCGGAAGAAUCUUCGGUGCAGGAGGGGGCCCCCCCUGCGAGACGUUUACGGCUGCUCGUCUCGCAGGGGGGGGGCCCAGAGCAGUUCGCUCUGCAGAAGAUCCCACGGGCUUGCCGUAUUUGACAGCUCGUGAGUGGCGCCAGGUGCUCGUGGGAACCAGAUUAGUGCAGUUUAUUCUGGAUAUCCUUCUGCUGUUAGCCCGUACAGGGGGCUGCGGGUUUUGUGAACAUCCGCAAUUUCCUGUGUGGUGCGCAUCCAAGGCACCAUGCAGUAUUUGGAGCUUCCCAGCUGUCCUUCAACUUCGUCAGCUCAGAUGCGUGUCCAUCGUGUCCUUCGAUCAGUGUAUUUUCCACGCGCCAGCGGUUAAGCCCACAACAGUGAUGCUUCUCCGACUUGGGCAUUUUCGUGAAUCUACUCUGGCACGAGGCAAGUGCGGACGAUGUGCACACGGUUUCAGGGCUCAUGAGAGAUUGCUUGGGCGUGAUGAAGCUGGCCAUUUCCGGACAGCGCGUGGGAAGGUGUACCCGCCGCUUUUAAAUGCGGCUCUCGGCAAGGCGAUUGGAGUGUACGUUGAGCAGACUUUUGCCACUGAGUCAAGCUCCGUUGCCAAGGACCUGCCCGAGAUUUUCCAACGUUUUGCUGCGGCCAAUUUUGCGGCGAACGGCCACAGCGUUGCUGGCGAGGACGAAGAACUCGUUGAAUCCAACGCAGGAGGUUGCCAAGUGUCCCAUCUGCCUUUGUCGUUUUUUCCGUUGUCCUUCCUAUGCUUCCUGUUCUUCCUGUCCUUCGGUGACGCCCUCAUUUUCAACACGUCGGGACGCCCAAUGCUUGGAGAAAGGAUGCUGGGUUCGUGGGCGAAAUGGAUUGGGGAGAAAAGUGUGCCCCUCAUCUUUGGUAGUGGGGUCAGCGGCUCUGUCAUAGCCAUUGCGUGGAAUGCCACCGAGCAAGACUGGAUGGCUCGUGCCAUCCAAAAGGGGCGCUUCCGCCCAAAAAAGCCUGAGGAGUUCCAAUUGGAGUUCCUAAACUUUGACCUCCCAGCCAUCCACCGAGGUCUUGGCAAGAAUGGCAUGGUGGCUCUCAUUGGCAUGCAAGCCACUGGGAAGACCACCACGCUCCAGCAUGUUCUGUGGGAGGCCGAGAACCCCUUUUUCCUGGAGGUCCCCCACGACGAUGUGCAUCGAGCCAUCCACAAUGAGCUCCGCAAAAACAUUUGGAAGCUCCCGUGGCUUCUGGAUGGCAUGAGGGUAGAUUGGGGAAAGACCCACAAGGAUGUGGUGACCGAGGUCUUUGAGAAAGUGACCGAGAAGACCCAGAAGCCGGUUCGCCUUGGCUUUGAUGUGGUGGCUGUGACAAAGCACGGAAUAGAUGAGCGGCAUGUCUCCAACAUCAUUGAGGUGACCACGGGCAAAGAAAACCUGCAUUUCCCCACCAACUUUGAUGCGAAGUUCUUCGUGAAGCAGGUCAAAUACCUUUGCGCAGACAGGCAUGUGUCAUCAGCCCUCAUCUCCUCCAGCGAGGGCUUGAUGAUGCUGUCCCUAGGAGAGCCUCGCCUUCGUAAGAUGCUUGGAAGGGAGUUGCCCAUCUCCAAGUCCAAGGCAUACCUCAAGGCCUUGGGUCAGGAGAACAUCAGCGAGGAGAUGCUGAUGGAGAUGCCCAGAACCUUUGAGAAGUUGAGGGGGUUGAGCGCAUCAGCAGGCAAGGAGGCCUUUUGCAACAAGGAGAUGCAAGGGUGGGUGAGUGCCAUUGAGAAGACCAACGGUCAGCCCUUCACAAAUGUCAAGGGACUUUACCAGAAGGCCUUGAAUGAGCCGAUCGGCAUUAAGGACAUCAGAGUGGCUACACCCGGCAAGUUGGCAACCUUCACUGGUGCAGACCCCGAGGAGACCUUCAUCCAGCAUAUGGUCAAGACCAACAUCUUCACGCCCCGAGAUGAUGGUCGUUAUGAGUUGCAGUUUGGCUGUCAGCACAAGGCCGUCAAGAAGGUCUUUGACCUGUAG